ACAGAACGUCAAUACGUUGAAUAAUUUUAUUGAUAAGAAAAACAAUAGAUGCGUUAUAAUUAAUAACAUUACUGCAAAAUAACCUCGUAUUAUUUUAAAAAAAAAAUCAAAUAGUGGUGAUAAGUGCGUUUUGUGUACCAAAAAACGUAAUUAUAAUUUCAAGUGAUGCCUGACAGUGAUAUUAUUGCGUCAUUUUUUCAAAGUAUUUAAAUAUUAUUAAUUAUGAUUCCUCAUAUUAAAGAACCCCAAAACGAGUGGGAUGACACGGAGUUAAAUUAUCAGUACCAAGAAGUGAAAAAAAUAAAAUGGUACCAUAACAUUCUAUUGAACAGGCCACUAAAAGUCGCUAUCGUUUUUUUACUUUUAACUAUAGUAUCACCUAUAGUACUCUAUCGCUUUGUAUUUUUCACAAGUUUAAGCCUCCCACCAUCAGAUGGAUAUUCUGUUGGUUCCUGUGUAAUAUCAAGAGAGGCAAGACUGCCAUGUGGUGUAGGAUUUAUGACAGAAUCAGAAUGCCACACUCAUUGUUGUUUCGACCGUAAUUUACACAUGUGCUACCAUCGCAUACCAUCAAGAUUUUCCUAUAUAAUGAACCAGCCUUGGACUGAAUACACUACCCUACAACCUAGGAUAGCAACAGUACCAUUUUCAUUUCAGAAUAGUUUACCAAAAAUUAAAUUAUCCAUAAAUGAACAGUCUACUACUCACAUGGUUUUAACUUUCUACAAUUCUAGAAACAUUUCCAUUGUAGGAAAUAGAACAUUUAACACGGAAUAUUCGUAUGAAGUAUCUUCACCAGAACUUAAUGUAAUAGUGAAUGCCACGCAAGGAACCAUUUUUGAUAUGGCAAGAGGACCUCUAAUUGCAUCUAAUAACAUUUGGGAGAUAGCAUUUAAGUUAACAAACGAGUCUAUGUACGGAUUGGGAGAGAUACCAUUGAAAACAAAUACUACAAAAGUGUUAUACAAUAAUGACAGAAGUUUUAGUUCAAUUCCAUUAAUUUAUGCCAAAAUAAAUAAUAAUUUUCAUGGUCUUUUAAUUGAUGUGAGCGAUCCUACAGAAAUUUCUAUAAGAGCUGAUAAUCAAAUAGUUUUAAGAAGUAUAACAAAUUUUGGUUUCAAAUUUCAUUUGUUUUCUGGUCCGGAACCCAAAAAGAUUAUGCAGGAUGUUAUGAAAUUAAUAGGACAUAACAAAAGAUUAGAAUAUUGGAUGUUAGGUAUUCAUAUAUGCAAUGAACUUCCUGAGAUGGAUCUGUCUAGUUUCAUCUCGAACGCCACGAACGGGAAUAUGCCAUAUGACAGCCAUUGUGGACAUGAACCAAUAGUCUUCAAUAGCAAUCAGUGUAAAAAUAGCGAAAUAAGUAACAUCGAUCGUGUGAACGCUGGCGCUUCUUUAGUUAGAAAUGCUAGAAAGAAAUUUGUACCUCACGUAUCACCUUACAUUCGGUAUAUUAAUGAAGAAACUAAUGAAACAAUGUCUAAAGAAACGGAAAAUCUUGAAAUAAACGAAGAAGAAAUUAUAGAAAGUUGUAAAAUUAUACCUACAUUUAAUGACAUCAUGUAUCGUUCGCAAAUAAAUUCCGAGUUAUAUAAAGGAAUUAUCAAUGACUACGAGGUCUUGUACCCAAGUUACGAUGUGAAUUCUGAAAAUUUUAUGGAUAUUCUUUGGGCUUAUAAUACUGAAUUAGAUGGCAUUAUUUUGGAAAAUAAUUGGCCAUUAGAUCACACAAAUAAUACUUUUGAUGACAUAGACUUAUAUUUACCAUAUUUUAGUGAGAAUUUCGAAGAUGCAUUUAAAAAUACACCAAAAUGGAACUUAUCGCUUGUCAAUAGCAGCGAGUUAUACUUAUUCAAACAUAUCAAAUACGGAAACAACUUUGCCAACGCUUUUAGUAAAAAAACGAACAAUACACCCAUUUCCUCUAGUAGCUUAUGGAUGAACGGUCGCUUUGCAAUAAAUAGGCAAAAUAUUGAUGUUUCAUGGACCAAUCUCCAUAGAGAGCUAAUUGCAACUGCAAUUGGAGGAAUAUCAGGAUCCUGGCUUUGGUCAUCUCCGAUCUGCGGUGAUACCAAAAAUUAUGACCCAGAAACUCAGGCAAGUCUCUGCAUCAAAUGGUACUUGGCAGCGACAUAUUUUCCAUUAUUAAAAAUUCAUUCAAAAGAUAUUCCAAGACACCCGUUAGCCUUUAAUGGUACCCAUAAAGCCAUAAUUACUCAGGCAUUAAAUCGGAGAUUAGGUUUAUUGCCUUAUUUUUACACCACACUUCAAGAAGGACCCCUACUUCGACCAAUGUUCUACCAAUUUCCAUCAUCAGCAGCGCUUCAUGAUAUUAAUUCACAAUUUAGCGUUGGAGAAAACUUGCUCAUUGUUCCCAAUUUGCAACCUUUCCAAAGUCAUGUUCAUAUCUGGUUGCCUCCCGGUACGUGGUAUGAACUUUGGGGCGGCCUUAAAUUAGAAGGAAGUGAAGGAGAUCCGGUUACCAUAGCAACAACAGAAGCGGAUUUUUUAACUUUAAUAAGAGGUGGAUCAAUAUUAAUUUAUCAAAAGGAAGCUCGAUUAACAGCAGAAGAAACGCGUUUAUUGAUUCCAUUCUCAGCAAUAAUUGCUUUGGAAUGUAUAAAAACUAAUUAUACUGAAAAUUGUCAUGCGUCUGGAAAGCUUUAUGUUACGCCCGAAAUGACAUUAUUCUUGGAGGCAAACGAAAAAAAUAUAACAAUAACAGCAGAAGGUAACGACUUCGAUCCCAUUUGUGAUAUCAACACCGGAACGUGGGCUUACGAUUUUGAAUAUUUUAAUGUCUAUGGUUUGUAUAAGGAAUAUAAUAAUUAUGAUAACUAUAGAGAGGUCAGAAGAUUUACUGAUUUGUGUCGUUUAGAAUAUGAUAGCGAGAUUGUCAUAGAUUUGCUACAAUAACCGAUUACAUAUACUAUUUUAGUACAUUGUG